CUUUAUCAUGUAACGUGCUGCUGAUAGCGGAAGCCGAUCGUAAUCUUAGGUCGUGCAAGUAGCUAUGAUUUAUAUCUCCGUCCCGCCCCCUCGUGGGGCAGAUGGCUUGGUGGCGUUGAGAUUCUGUUGCCCCUGAAUGUCUCUCAACAUGGCACGAAGUCAAGGUCUCUCGUUGUUGCUUGCUGCCGCUGCGAUCGGAUCCGUUGUCUCUCAGAACUCUACAAGUGGAUCAUACGAUGUUUUGCAAUAUGUGAAUCAAUUGAUCGGAAGUAGCAAUGGAGGGAAUGUCUUCUCUGGAGCUACCCUACCCUACGGCAUGGCCAAAGCCGUAGCCGAUACUGAUUCUGGUAGCAACCAAGGCGGCUUCACUGAUGACGGCUCCAAUGUCACGGGAUUCUCUUCAAUGCAUGACUCUGGUACGGGCGGCUCUCCGUCGCUGGGAAACUUUGCUCUGUUUCCCUACAGUGCAUGCCCGGGCGACGAUAUCGAUCAAUGUGUGUACCCGAAAAAAUCGAGAAAGAUUCCAUACGUGAACAGUUCUGUAGUUGCAACUCCUGGCUAUUUCAGCAUCGAGCUUGCAAGUGGAGUCUCGGUAGACAUGACAACCACGCAACAUACAUCACUGUUCCGAUUUAAAUUUCCAGCGAUGGAGGCCGAGGGUAAUGCCUCUAGCCCACUCAUCUUGAUGGACCUUACGGAUCUUUCGGAUUCUCGCCAAGAUAAUGCAAGUAUCUCCGUUGAUGCCGAGACUGGCCGAAUGCAGGGAAAUGCAAGAUUCUUGCCAAGCUUUGGUAGUGGAAAUUAUAUUGCCUACUUUUGUGCGGACUUCUCUGGAUCACCGAUCCGGGACAAUGGAAUUUAUGCCAACAGUCGCGCAAGCACUGAUGUCAAGGACUUGAAAAUCUCAAGAUCGAUCAACGGGUAUCCUCUUCCAGGAGGAGGUUUCAUUCGCUUCGAGUCACCUGGCGACAAUGCGAUUCUUGCCAGAGUAGGAGUCAGUCUGAUCAGCAGUGACCAAGCAUGUUCAAACGCGGAGAGUGAAAUUCCAUCAUUCAAUUUUGAGGCAACUCAUACUGCUGCUGAGACCGAAUGGCGCAACAAAAUCAGUCCAAUUGUGGUGAACAGGAGUGGGGUCAAUGACUCGAUGUUGCAAAACUUCUAUUCAGGAAUCUACAGGACAAUGGUCAAUCCUCAGGAUUACACAGGAGAGAAUCCGCUGUGGGAAAGUGAUGAACCAUACUUCGAUUCCUUCUACUGUAUCUGGGAUCUUUUCAGAUCUCAGAUGCCAUUCUUGACAGUUUUGGAUCCUGCUACUGUCACAAAGCAGAUUCGUUCGCUCAUUGACACCUAUGUGCAUGAGGGCUGGCUACCUGACUGCCGCAUGAGUCUGUGCAAAGGAUACACUCAAGGAGGUUCCAACGCUGACAAUGUGCUUGGUGACGCUUACUUGAAAGGCCUUUCAGACGGAAUCGACUGGGAGCUUGGCUAUGCAGCUGUUGUGAACGACGCUGAAAAUGAGCCCUAUGAUUGGUCUAACGAGGGCAGAGGUGGUCUAGAUAGCUGGAAGUCUCUGGGUUAUAUCCCUGUCCAGGACUUCGACUACAAAGGUUUCGGAACAAUGACGCGAAGUGUUUCGAGAACUCUCGAAUACUCCUACAACGACUUCGUCAUCACGCAAAUUGCAGCUGGCCUUGGGAAGCAAGGCGAUGUGGAAAAAUAUACCGGUCGCAGUGGAAAUUGGAAGAACCUUUUCAAGGCAGAUCAAACCUCCUACAACAUUUACGACGGCAAUGUGAAUACCGGAUUUGUGGGCUUCUUCCAACCUCGAUAUCUGAACAAGACUUUCGGAUUUCAGGAUCCAUUAAAGUGUAGCAACAUCGACACGAACGAAAAUGAUGUUUGUUCACUACAGAAUACCGGAGCCGAGACUUUUGAGAGCUCGAUAUGGGAGUAUUCAUUCUUUGUGCCCCACGACCAAGCAACCUUGAUCACUACUCUCGGUGGCCCUGCAGCAUUUGUCGAUCGUUUGAACUAUCUUCAUGAUCAAGACAUCACUUACAUCGGAAAUGAACCCGCCUUCCUUACUGUUUAUCAAUACCACUAUGCUGGACGACCUGGUCUCUCAGCAAAGCGCUCUCACUUCUAUAUCCCCACUUUCUUCCAACCCACGGACGCUGGCUUACCAGGAAACGAUGACUCUGGGGCAAUGGGAUCAUUCGUUGCAUUCUCAAUGAUGGGUCUCUUUCCCAACCCAGGCCAAAACGUCUACCUCAUCAUUCCUCCAUUCUUCGAAAGUGUUUCCGUCACUUCACCAAUCACCAACAAGACAGCGAUGAUCAGAAACAUCAAUUUCGAUGCUAGCUAUCAGAAUAUAUACAUCCAAUCUGCGACUUUGAAUGGAGAACCGUAUACCAAGAAUUGGAUUGAUCACUCAUUCUUCACCGAGGGCAAAGAAUUGGUUCUUACUCUUGGCAGCACAGAAAGUGCUUGGGGAACUCAAGUUGCGGAUCUACCUCCGAGUCUUGGGACCUAUGAAGGAUUUGGUAACUUCUCCAUCAAUAGCACAAGUUCAGCAAUGCGAAAGAGAGCCGUGAGGUACGCUUCUGCUGAUUUGAGUGAGAAGCUGGAUUUCAAGACGGGUGGCGCCUACUGGGCUGAAUCUGAGGGUUGAUUUUGCGAGAAGAAAAAAAUACGAUUAACAUCUGAUGCAUCGGGUUAUACAUAGAAAC